UGAUUGGAAAAGUCACCCUGAUAACUGAGGACCCUUCUCACCCCUUCCACGACUCCUUCCAGUCACUGCCAUCAGGCAGACGCUACAGAAUCCCACUUGCCUGGAACAACAUUGACAAGAACUACUUCAUUCCCUCUUUUGACAUAGGCAUCCCGUCCAUGACCAAAUGCUGUAACCAACAUGACCGCUGCUAUGACACCUGCGGCCGUGAGAAGCACGACUGCGAUGAGCAGUUCCAGGACUGUCUCGAGACUAUCUGCAGGAACGUGCAAAGGACUCUGGGAUUGGCUCAGAGUGUCCAGGCUUGUGAGUCAGCAGUGACUCUGCUGUUUGACGCUGUCAUGCACAUGGGAUGUAAGCCAUACCUGGACAGCCAGAGGGAGUCUUGUGUGUGUCAAUAUGAAGUGAAGAGGGAACUGUGACACCACCACAAGAUCAAGCCUGUGGAACAGACUGAUUGAGAAGCACAACACAGAAAGCUGCCAGCAAUAAACUUUUUAUCAGGGUUUCUCAGGGAUAGAGCCUCUCUGCACUGCUCUGACCUGUGUUUAUUGCCUCCUUUGUUGGAGUUUUAAAAUAUAGGAAUCUACUAGACAAAGUGAAUGUGAAAAUACCACAUGGAUAAUUCAUAUCUUUACUAUGAAGUAGUUAAUUAUUUAUAUUGUGUUAAUACUGUGUGAUGUGUUUGUCCAGUAAUAGGCUGCUAACAUGGUGUUCAGGGUUAUCCAGGCUUUUGGAUGCUUGGGUAGCACUUUAUUUUAUAGAUUCAUACACUGAAAAUAAUUCCCCAAUAGGUUUUGUGGUGGUAAUGAAAAACAAACAAACAGCUUUUUCACACUGUUUAUGGGUAAAAAAGGAACAAUGUAAAUGGAGCUGUUCCUUCAAGCACAUUCUUAUGGAAACCAGCAACAGCCUUUAAACACACAUGAUGACAGCUAAAUUAAAGUCACAGGAUUUUCAUUAUUUCCCAUACAAUUAGGAUUAGAAAUUUUUAUAGUUAAGUCCAGGAAACUGUGAGGAAAUUAUCACAAAAACUGUAAAAUAAACCAUUACAGCUGACCCCUCCCCGUCCGAUAACACUAAAGGAGCAUGUGAGAAAUAGUAAGACAAUAAUGUCUCUUUCUACAGCAUCUAAAGUAAUUUGCUUUUUUUUCUAGUAGAACAUUUGUAAAAUAUUUAAUAAGUAUCAUCUGACAGAUACUGCACUGGUGCACUCAACUGUUGCCAAUGUGAUAACACUGUGAAGGAAACCUUUGUUAAACUGUCACAAAAAUAAAGAAACAUGCUUUUAUUGAUAA